UGUGCUCCUGUAAUCUUUCCUAGAAACUAGGGAGUAUAAUAUAUGAUAAUGUUUUCGUCACUUUAGAUCAUAAAAUCACCUAAAGCGAACAUUUGUUAUGAUAUUGUCGACUAACCUUUUUGAGACGGCGUAAAACUUUUUCAGUUUUUCACGACCCGAACGAUUUGUUGUCAAAGUAAUUUCGUUUGAAAACGGUAUCCAGAACGCUUUGAAACAAAACAAUCCUUCCAGUUAGCCAUCUGCACUAGAAGGGACUCUUCAUAGUUGGGUAACACCUGUUUUGAAAUCAUUAGUUGUUCGGUUUAAGAUGAGUCUUGAAGACACUAUUUCUGCGACCGAGCUUCAUGUUAUGAAGACAGCGUUCGGCCUCUUCGAUGGAAACGGUGAUGGAAGGAUCGAUUUAAUCGAGUUUGGCAGCGUUAUUCGAGCUAUUGGAUUCAACGCGACCAACGAACAAAUCUUAUCUACCUUCAAACAUUUCGAUAAAAAUGAAGAUGGUGGGAUAGACUUUGAUGAAUUUGUAGUCAUGUCGAGAAACUUCGCCGGUUGCAGUCGAAACAAACUCGAAGAAAAUCUUCGUCAAGCUUUCAGAGUUUUCGAUCGUAAUGGAGAUGGGUACAUAUCAGCUGACGAACUACGUUAUGUCUUAACUACCAUGGGUGAAAGAUUGACCCCCAGCGAAGCAGAGGAGCUCAUAGCAAUGCUGGACCAAGAUGGCGACGGUCGGUUGAUGUACGAAGAGUUCGUAGUGAUUGCUAAGAAGUCAAUGAGCGAAUGUAUCAAGUCUUUAUCUCGAAGGGGGGAGGAGUUAAUUGUACCUUGAAAUUAUUGGGUUACCUGCAAGAGACCAUGAAGGACAGACAGUCCUUCACGGUCUCUUGGAUACCUUUGCUUUUUAGUGUUCGAGCGAGACUCGGCACUAAUAGUUUAACACCGGAAACCGAGAGAAACUGGAGACCAUUCUAGUACCAUUACGCAGGCUGAGCUAUUUCCACGUGAUCUCAUGCAAAUUAGAUCUGGGACUGGACUAGCUAAAUUAGAUUUUUUCCCCUCUAUUUGCAAAGAUGUUAUUGAUGUUUCUUUAUAAGCGUUUCCUAAUAAUGUAAAUUCUAAAUAGCUAUUAAAAAAUACAAAAGGAAAAUC